AUGGCCGGCCGGGCCGCUUGGUCCGCCUGGUUCUCCCUUCGGCUGCCGCUGAGGCCGGCGGUCCGGUGGAGCUCGGGGCUGCCCCCGGGCCAGGAGGAGGCGGCGUCGGCGAAGGCGAAGGCGAAGGCGGAGGAGAUCCCGGUCGCCGGCUGGAAGCACCGCCAGUCCCGCGGGGAUUACUUCCAGCUGCUGAGGACCUGCAAGGCGCCUCCUCGCGAGGAAGCGCCCGGGGACGAGCCGGCCGCCUCCUUCCUCGACCUGGGCGUGGAGGCCCAGCUGUGCUCCGUCUUGCAAGAGGAGCUGGGCAUCACCCGGCCCAGCCCGGUCCAGAAGCGGGUCAUCCCUCCUCUGCUGGCCGGGGCCAACGCCCUCUGCGCAGGCGAGACGGGCAGCGGGAAGACCCUGGCCUACCUGCUGCCCCUGAUCCAAAGGCUCCUGCGCUUCCGCAGCCUGCCCAGCGGCCUCUCCUCCUCCGUGGUGUCCCCCCACUCCUUGGUGGUGCUCCCUUCUCGGGAGCUGGCAGGGCAGGUGAAGAGUGUGGCCGCCCGGCUGUGCGCUCCCUUGGGCCUGCGGGUGAGGGAGAUCGGGGGCGGCCGGGGCUUGCACAGCGUCCGGCAGAAGAUCCGCGCCGGCCCCACCGACCUCCUGGUGUCCACGCCGGGGAUCCUGAACCACGCCUUGAAGAAGCGGGUGCUGACCUUGGAGAAAGUGCACUGCCUGGUGCUGGAUGAAGUGGACACCUUGCUGGACCCCAGCUUUGUCGACUUGGUGGAAUCUGUGCUUCAGCACGCCCCCCUGGUGGCCAGCGACAAGGAGGUGGUGGACGUCUGGGACCCCAAAACGCAGCUGGUGGCCGUGGGAGCCACCGUCCCGAAGGGGUUGCAGGAGAUGCUGAGCAAGGUCGCUGAUAUCAGAAGCAUCCGUGUCCUGAGCAGUUCUAAUUUGCAUCGUCUCCAGCCUCAUGUAGAGCAGAAAUUCAUACGCGUCAAGGGCAGCGAGAAGGUGACCGAGCUGGUGCAGCUUAUCAAGGAUAGAAAACCCUCCUCUGGAGCAGUCCUGGUUUUCUGUAAGGACACCAGCACCGUCAACUGGCUCAGUUACAUUUUGGAUGACCACAAGAUUAAACACCAACGCCUGCAAGGACACAUGGAAGCAGCCACAAGAGCUAGCAUUUUCAGAGCUUUCCAGAAAGGCACAUUUGAUGUUUUGGUGUGCACUGAUAUUGCUUCCCGGGGGCUGGACACGAUCCACGUAGAGUUCGUGAUCAACUACGAUUUCCCACAAACGCUGCAGGAUUAUUUACACCGGGUGGGGCGAGUUGGCCGAAUAGGCAGCAAGUUCCCUGGGACUGUCAUCAGCUUUGUCACCCACAGGUGGGAUGUGGAUCUGGUCUGGAAAAUCGAAACUGCGGCUCGCAAAAGGACUCCGUUGCCAGGGAUGGAGCCCAUUUUGAGAGUGCCUGUUUGAAGGACCUGAGUUUGAACCAUGGGAAAGUAGACACGUUCAUAGGUUUAUUUUUCUUGAGGAGUGAUAUUUCCAAAAAAAUAAAAUUAAAAAAACAACCUUAGAAUAAAGAAAAUCACCACUUAAAUGGUUGGUGGCAUGGA